CUUCUGCUUCUCCAUAACACAGAGGGUUAGACCUCAAGUCAGAAGUUCCUUAUGUGAUCUCACUGGGUAGUAAUGACAUCACAGGCCUCAGUUUCCAUGGCAAGAGAACUAUACAAACGUGAUCCCCCCCUGAGGAAACUUCCCUAUCCUUUCUCUACGAGACACAUAAUCUUGUUAAUUGUAUGAAAGAGAAUGUCUGACCGAAUCUUCUAUAUUCACUCCAACAUGUCUUCUGUUCCCUGGGAGAGCAGUGCAGCAGCAGUGCCUCCCGUGCCUCCUCCUACGCCUGUUUACUACCAUGUCCUCUACCAAGGGUACGGAGAAACCCAGAUGGGCUGGCAUGGGGAGACAUACUGCCUGGUGGGUGGUUACCGGCUCUAUGGGGAUGCUCCCCUGGCCACCCCAGCAAAGACCAAAACAGAGAAGCCAGUACCCAGGCAGGCUCCCAAGAGACAUCGAGCUCCAGAGUUGGAUGAAGAUCUAAGUUGCCCUAGCCCCAAAAUUCGUCCUUUGAACCAUGGGGGCAGAAGGCUGACCCCACAGAAGCUUGCUAAAAGAGCUAGUCUGUUGAAAGGACAAGCAUUUAACAGUGACUGCCACUGCCUGCCCCUAGAGAUAGAACCUGAGCCAUUCUGCCUGAGCCCUCCCCAGCCAGGAACCCCACUUCUAUUCCAACUGGCUACAGGCAAGAAAGUUUGAGAGAAGAGGCUGCUUUGAUUUCCCAGAGCUGAAGCUGGCCUGGACGAAGACUUUUCUUGGGCAGAAGAAAGAAUAAUCUUCCCUGUGCAAACCAAGAAGGAGCCAAGAAAUGGUGCAGAGUGGCCUAGCAGGGCCCCAGUGUACCAGAUGGAUUCCUGCCCCUGAGUCGCUGCCAGUGACCGCCAACACAAACCAGAAGGGGUUGAAGUGGGACGAAACAAGAAGUGGUUGCCCCAGGAGCCCCUUGCCUGUAUCCUCAAGAAGCAGAAGAAAGAGCUCCAGAGAUACCAGCUACCAGGAGAAAGUUCAUCAAGACCCCACUACCACCCCCUUUGGUUCAUAGUUCCUUUUUUUUCCAGUCCCUUAUGGCCUUUAUUGCUCAAUAAAGUGAUUUUCUA